AUGGGAGGAGCCGUUGAGGACGGAUGUGAUAGGCGUCCAUCUAUUCGCUCACACAAUUUCCUUGCGACGUUCGCAGGCCCGUCGCACGCCGUCGCCCAUGGACGACUUUCUGCGAUCCGUCUGGCUCGCCGAAUAGCCGCAGAUGCUCGCCGCCGCGCACACUGCGUGCGCGACAAGGCCGCGGAGCUGCUGCGCGCGCGCUCGCUACGGCUGCAAAAGUCCGCCGCGGCACUUCCGCGCGCGCUGACUGUGCGGACCGUGGAGGAUUUAUUGAAAGACAUACAUGCGGAACUAGCGGGGGAGGUGGAAGCGACGGAGGGGGGCGAAGCAUCAGCGGAAGGAACGCGCGGAGGGGGGAAUGCACAGCAGCAGCAAGCAAAUACGACAAUUGUCGCGAUAGGGGGAGAGCUGGGGGAUGGGGAGGAGGCGAGUGGCGGAGUGGGAAGCAGUGCGCUGAGAGAGGGGGAGGGGGGAGCAGUGGGUGGGGGCGAGGGGGGAGUGGGGGGGCCAAUAGCGGGGCGGGGGGAAGGCGGAGGGGGAGGAGAAGGGGUGCAGGCAGGGGGUGCGGAUGGGCGGCUGGGGAGCGUGGGGGCGAAUGGCAGCAGUGCUGACGUGGCACAUGAUUUCAAAGCUACAGCAGUAGCAGCAACAGGGAGGGCAGAGAGAGGGGAUGCAGGAGCAACAAGGUGGGCGCUCCACCCGCAUGCAGGGACAGCAGGGCAGGCAGGGCAAGCAGGGCAGGCAUGGCAAACAGUGCAGGCAGGGCAAGCAGGGCAGGCAGGGCAGGCAGACAUGACAUCCUUGCAUUGCCACAAGAAUCAGCUUAUACGCAGGGGCGGAGGGGAGGAGGGAGGGGCGCCUAUGGAGAAGAGGCAGAAGAGGAUGAUCAAGAAUAGAGAGUCUGCUGCUCUGUCCCGGGCGAGGAAGCAGGUGGGGUGCAGUGCAGUGCGGGGACUUGCUGAAUGGUUUGGGGUGGGAGGCCCAGAGUGGGAGGCUCAGAGUGACCAUGUGGGCAGUGGCGUGCGUAUGGCACUUUCUCUCUCCUCACUCCGUGCUGCCUCCCUUUCCGUACUCUCACCCACCCCCCCUUGGUGCCCUCCCAAUCCUCCCCCUCGCUCAGGCGUACACAGUGGAGCUGGAGGCAAAAGUGGUGCAGCUGUAGGAAGAGAACGAGCAGCUGCGCACACAGCUGCUGCAGCUCCAGGCCCAUGCGCAAAUGGUGAGUCAAGAAGCGUGCAUUGA